AUGGACCAUUGGAAGUGGUGGUUGCGUGAAUUGCCGAAGUCUCGGCCUGCAAACGGCGAUGUAGGGAUUGAGGCCACGGUGGAAGAGAUCUCCGCAAACUCGUUGCUUGUGGCUUACGCAGGAGUUUUGGAUGAACACGUCGAAAACUUAAAGUUUGGAGGCCGUUGCGGCCAAUAUAGCGCUCAAGACUUGGCUGUAAUUAUGAGAGACCUGGUCGAAAUGGCCAUGAAGAAGGAUGGAGAGCCACCCGCCAUUUUCGAUGUCCACACAAUGGAGCUGCUGAGAGGACGCGUGUACAGUAAUUUUGCACAACACAUAAACGGGUCCGAUACUCGAGAAAAGACUGCUCCGGCAGAACUCUGGAAGUGGUAUCUGAUAUUCAAACAAUUGCAGCCAGAUGCGAAGGUGCCUUGGAAUCCAUUCUUUGUUACCCGAGUCUCGCAACACGCGGCGAGCCUUCUCACCUAUCGCAUACGAGUAGCUUACACGGCCUUACUGUUCAAACAUUGUAAAGCGGCGGAUCGCAAAGAAGUGUGGGCGCCUCUAAGAAGCUGCCGUGACUAUGUUGAGAACCCGACAUCCGCAAAGGGCACUUUUCGUUGGCUCGCGCCAUCGAACACCUGCCUGUGUGCGAAGUGA